CAAAGAGUGGGCGAGAGAGAGGGCAGACUAGAAGGAGGAGACUCAGUAGCAUCUAAUAUCAGUGGCCAGACAGAAAGUGUGUCUCUCAUCCUCUGAACACAAUGGCUCGAUGUGCCUUUCUCAGUCUGUGUAUGGGUGUAUGGAUCACUGCUAUCAUCAUCAGCAUCAACAUGGAUGUUUCUCUUGGAGAUCAAGCAUUGGACUGCUGUUUGAAGGUCAGCUCUCAUCCCAUCCCAAAACGCAUAAUCGCCUGUUACCGUGAACAGCGCAAAGCCGAAGGCUGCCUCAUCAGUGCAGUUGUAUUCCGAACUCGAAAAGGUCGUGAUCUUUGCGCUCCCCCUGAUGCGCAAUGGGUUGGAGAGCUGAUGGAUACGGUGGACGCCAGGCCAGUGAAGAAAUACAAGGAGUCCCUCUGUCGAGGAAUGAAUGCCUAGAUUCCCACAUGGGCUGGAAGAUGCUGGUAGCUAAACAGUUAAAUUGCCUAGUAGUCCUACACCGUUUCCUGUGACUGCAUCCUUUACAAUGAACUUUUUUCUCUACUGUACUGUAUAAUGCAUCUGGAUCUUUUAUAUUGCAUCAUGUUUGUUGUCUAUAAGCUUUUUAAAAAUACUUUGAAGUUCUAUUAAACUGUGUCAACUUGGAAUCUUCUUUUUUUUUUUCCCCACCAAAAAUAAUGACCCUAUGAUGCUGCUUUAAGUGAAGGUCAAUCAAAUGAUUAAUAACAAGAUUAGGGCAUUUCUCACCUCUCUGUCGUUCACAAUAGCUUAUUGCAAACUAAAUGAAAUAAAGUAAAAAGCAUAAGUAAA